AUGCUCUGUUUAAGAACCCUCAAAUCUCAAGUGCCCACUUCAAGAUGCUUUUCAACUAGUUCCCCUUCUUUUUUCCUGGGGAAACUGAACAAACAUUUACAAGCUACAACACCAAAGGAGCAUGUUGUUAUAACAUUGACCAAACCAAUAGGUGUUCGUGAAGAACCAAAAGAUACAGAUAACUCGCCUAAAGAUCCAAGAAGUAUCAAAGAGAAAUAUAAAGAUUUUUUGGACCCGGAAAAGAACAAAAAGAGACAAGAAGAAUUGGAGAAAGAAAUGUCAAGAUCUGGGAUGUAUGAUCUUUACGUCUAUCGUAAAACUAAAGGUAAAUUGUUCCUUUCACCUCAAUCAUAUUGGAAAGCUGAAAAAUCAUUAUAUUUCCCAAACUUUGUUGGUGAAGAUUUGACAAGUUCUAAAUUGAAAGGUACAACCUCGUUGUUGAAAGGGAAAGUUUCAGUCAUCAGAGCAUAUACAGCUGAUCUUGGAGAAAAAGCCUCUAAAGGUUACUUCAAAGUACUAGAUAAUGAUUACUUGACCACUGAAGGUUAUGAUAAAUUCUUAGAAACUAACCCAAAUUCACAAAUUGUUGAUUUAAACAUCACUGAAAAUGGUCUAAAAGCUAUUUUUGUUAAAGCUUCCAAAUCUGGUCUUAGAAAGGUUGUCCAUGAGUCAAGACAUGAUAAAUAUUUGAUUGUCCCAAAGAAGGGAUUAAACAUUGACGUGAGAGAAAGUAUCCACCUCUUGAACAAUUACACAUGUUUUAUCUAUGUUGUUGAUCAUCAAGGUAGAAUUAGAUGGGCAACUUGUGGUGAACCAACAGAGGCCGAUAGAAAUAUGUUAUGGAGAACUGUUAGAGGGUUAGAAAGAGAAUAUAAGGCAUUGAACCCAACUGAAAAGCCAGAAUAG